AUGGGCCCGCACUCGUUUCGGCGUUGCCCUGUGUGCAUUCCUGAGCAAGCGGAGCUACAAGAGGCAGACCUUCUCGCCCUUCAGCAGCGCUGCGAGGAGGCCCGCGUCGCCGAUCGGCGGUGGAGGUCCGCCCUGACCCAUGUGCUUGGGUCGCGUGGCCACCGUGGCGGCGGGCGCAACUCCUACCAGUCUAACACGGCAGAGAUGCUGCGCCGCCAGCGCAACUCUUUUUACCAAAGAGCGGUGGAUGACGAAUACAUGGCGCGGCGCCGCAUGUUGCAGGCUGAGCUCGACGCACGACGCAACGAGAUCGUCAAGACGCAGCGGGCGCGCGAGACGCUGCGCAUGGAGGCUGCCUUAAGCGACGCGCGGGAGGAUCGGCGGAGGAGUUGCGGCCCUCGUGCCUGCUCCCUCCAGAGGGCACGUAGUGCCGACCCUGCCGCGGGCGCCUGCCUCUCGACGCCGCCACCGCAGCGCAAGGAGCAACCGCCGUCGCUACCGAGUCACAGCAAGGACAGUGACCAUGCUGUACCACCGUCGACGCAACCGAAGAUCGAGUACCCAGAGCCCUUGCCAAAGGUAGAAAAACGUCCGCUGCCGCCGCCGCCAACGCACCCCGGCCGUGAAUCAUUACCGCAGCGGCAGCAUCGUGAGAGAGUGUGCAGCCACGGGCCUGCUCCAUUGGCGACCUGCUGCGCCGACUUUCACAACUCCUCCGCGCACGGGCAGUGGCACUGGGGAUGGAUCUGGUGUCCGUCCUUUGCAUGUCAAGGGCAUCACUCCUCUCAGUCUCCACGUAAUCACGUGAGGCUCCCCCGUUCUCCACCCGCGUGCGAAGUGCCGAUGCCGUCGCUUGAUGUCGAGCCGACAUCUCGUCUGAUCUCUCCGACGACUGGGGGAGAUGCGGCGAGCGGUCACGCUAAGCCGGAGAAGUCGCUGGAGUGCCUAGAGCGUGACGCUGCUGCAGGAGCCCCUACUAACCCACCGCAGCCGAGCAGUGCUGUCUCAGCCGCUGGUGCCGAUUUCGCUGCCGCAUGCCGUGCAGGGAAGGGCCGUCCCGAGUGCGUGCGUGGUGGGUCCUCGCAAUUCCGCAGCCACAGCGCCACCUCCGUGCCCUUGACCUCUCCUCGGUUUGGCCGCAAAGUUUUCAUCACGGAUGACGUCUACUGCGACCGCCGUGCCCGUUACAUUGCCGAGUGGGAGGCGUCUGGUGCAGUGCAACGAGUGCCAGCCUCGUCGCGAAGCCCCAGUGCACCUUUCCCAGAGAAGACCCCCAAGUGGCGCACCACUGGCAACGAUGCUUUCACCGAGUAG